AUGAAAUCGAUUGCCUUUGGUCUUUCUCUUGUGAGCGCCGCUGUGGCUCAAAUCAGCGUGGUGGGGAUUUCCAUGGUCUCUGUCGACCCCUCGGCUACCGCUUCGGUCGCUGCGUCCAGCUCUUCCGCAGGAGCCUCGGAUUCCAUCAUCACACCAACACCCACCCCUGCUGGAGGGUAUGGCGGAGGGUAUGGAGGAGCAGAGCCGUCCAUUCAGACGCAGGCUCCCCAGAGUUCGAUUGAUUUCUACCAGUACAUGCCCUAUUCUUCCUACCAGAACGGUGGAUACAAAACUCUCCAGUGUGGUUACGGAUACUCGAAGCAGUCGGAUGGGUCCUGCAAAAGGCUGUCUUGGUACACGGAUGUCGAAUCGUGCUAUGCUACCACAAUUAUUAACAUUGAGAACAACAACUGUGGAGGCUACGGUUAUGGCUACAACGGUGGAUAUAACUACAACAGCGUCCAGACGGUCACUGUGACCUCUACGUCUGUAUCGACGACGACCUGCACAGAAACUGCCACGAAGACUGAGCUCUCUACCCAACUUGUGCCUACCACCGUUACGAUGCACGAGACUGUUUUCCAGACCAUGACCGACGUCCAAAGUGUUACUCAAACCCAAGUCGUUACCUCUGUGGAAGUUGUGCCAACUACCCGAGUCUGGAUUUCGACUGAGAUCGUCGAUAAGACCCACGUCAUUGAGCACACCAUGACUGCAACAGAGACUAUGACACAGACCAACAUUUACACUCAGACUGCGACCCAGACCGACACUGCUACGGAGACCGUCAAGGAGACAAUGACCGACUUUGUCACCCGCACUCAACUUAGCACGAUCAUCCAGCCCACUACGUACACCAAGGUUUGGGUCUCGACACAGGUCAUCGAUAACACGAAGACAAUCGAGAAAACUAUGACCGACACCGUUACUUCGGCCGUCACCUCUAUACAAACUGCCACCUUGACAGAGACCAUGACUGACAGUGUAACGGUCACUCAAGUCAGUACCUACGUACAGCCCACCACCGUCACAUCAGUGUGGAAGGAGACCAAGACCAUUGACAACACCCAAACAGUUGUGAACACCAUCACAUCUACUCAGGUUAUGGAUAGAACUUACACAACUACCUGGGUAUCGACAGCCACCGCUACCGCCACUGCGACUACAACUGAGAUCAAGAAGGUAUUGGAAACUGGUCUUUCAGAGUGCCUUGGCAAGUGCAAGUCGCAAUACUGGUUGACGACAGGAAACAGCAACCAAUGGAACACCUACGCCAGCCCCCCUGCCGCGACCACCACUGCUGCCAGCUACGGUGGGUCCUCGGGAUCAUAUGGCUCAAGCGGCUCGUCGUCUGGCGGCUAUGGAGGAUCAUAUGGCUCAAGUGGCUCGUCGUCUGGCGGCUAUGGAGGAUCAUACUAA